GCCUUUUCUUAGGCCCGACAAUAUGGUGUGUGCCACUAAACUCUCCUGAAGGAAUUUAAUGUAAUUAUCGGAUUACAGUGCUGCCGCUCCAAAGCUGGGAAUAUUUACUACUAUAUCGACGACGGAGGUGUUUUCAUGCUCUGACGCACAGUCAGGUCGAGGGGUGAUUUGACUGGGUCGCACUGCGUUUUUAAACACUUCGUUUUGACAGCAUAGAUUAAUCUGUUAGUUAUUGGCAAAGCAGAUUUUUCGUCGAGGAGUGGAGCGCAUUACGCACAGCCAAGACGCACAAGUGGAGAUGACAACUGCAAAGUCGAAGCGGAUACAGUAAUAUCUUUGCAAAAACUGGGUUUUUGAGGCACUAAAGAAGAACGCCAACCAUCUUUUCCAAAACCCGGCACUUUUUCUGUUAUGUCUGUCUCCUCUCUGCCGGAAUGGAAGCAACUCCUGCUGGAGAAAAAGAGGAGAGAGGAGGAGGAGCGAGAGAGGAGAGAAAAAGAGGAGGAGGAGAAGUUUGCCAGCAUGCCCGCAUGGAAGCGAGGAAUCAUCCAGCGGAGGAAGGCGAAGCAGGACAGUUUUGGUGACAGAGAAAAGGAGAGAGAUGCCUGUCUGCUGCAGGUGGACGUCAGAUCUCCUUCUGAUGGUCUGAGUGACAUGGACAGCUUUGUAACAGUCAAUCUGGGAAACGAACUGUCACUUAGUCCUGAACCGGGGCAAUGGCUGGAUGCAGACCUCAAACCAGUGAGUCAGGUGUCUGUAGAAACUAUAGUUCCAGUGCAUGAAAACCCAUUUAUUCGCACGCAGAGUUCAUGGAAGAAGGGCAGGGAUGCAGAAGUAGGGAAUGAGCCAGAAGUUAAGGAGAGGGAGAAAGACAAAUCGGGCCCCAGGGGUCAAGAUGGGGAGUCAGGAAGAGAAAGAGAAAUAGAGCUGAAAAUAGAGAGAUUCAGAGAUUUAAGUGAGGGACGGGAAAAAGAGAGGAGCAGGGACAGGAGUCAAGGAAGAGAAAGAGAGAACAGCAGGGAGGGACGGGAAAAAGAUAAAAGCCAAUGGAAAGAGUCAGUUAAAGAUGCAGGCACGGAGCGGGAAUUCCUCAAAGUAAAAAAAGACGAGGAGGAAAAAGAAACAGAUCCACCAUCUAGUUCGUUUUCUCCCCUUGUCCCUUGUCUUCGGACCAUCCGAGCCGACAAUAUCAUUAUCAUUGAGCAGGAGAGGAAAGGCAGUGAUGAGAGAAGGGGUAGAUGGAUGGAGGCGGAGAGAGAGAGGCCAGAGGAGGACCACCACGGGAAGAGAGGGAUGAAGAUGGACCUGAGGGAGAUCCUGGCUGGGGGAGGGAGUGUCACCGAGAUCCGAGCCUCUGAGGUUCUGAUCAUAAAGCCUUCGGCAAGCCCUGAAGAGAGGAAUCCAGUAGGAGGAGGAGGGGGAGGAGGCGGGGAGGAGGAGAAGGAGGAGGGAAAGGCUCAGGUAGAGAGGAUGGAGAGAAUGGGCAGGGAGUUCAGAACAGACAUGUCCUGGCUGAGAGAAAAAGAGAAAGAGAGACCAUGGGGCCAGGCGACAGUUAUUAAAGACAACAGGAAGGACAGCUUGGAUGAUAAUAUUUUCGUUGAAAGAGGAGGGAGGGUUAGCCAGCUGCUGAGUAAAUUCGGAGAGCACCCCAAGCCUCCAUCUCGAUCCAAAAGCUCUGAUAAUUUCCUCCAGCCUGGGAGGAGAAAAUACUCAGGAGAUGAAGAUGACCAACAAUCUGAGGAGAGGAAUAUGCAGUUGAAAGGUGUGCCGAAACGCUCAUUUAGUUUCUCCGAUCGUGUGAUCUGUGCUAAGGAGAAUGGUUUAGAUGACAAUGGGUAUUAUGACAGGAAAAUGAGGAUACAUUUGGAUAAGAAUGUUGCACCGUGGGUUGACGUAGCAGGCUUAGGGAAGGAAACCACAGCAAAGAUCAAACUGGGGUGCGCACGACUUUUAGAUAAAGACAGGUUUGGAAAGCAUAGAGACAGACAGUUUAAAAAUGAGGAUGGAAAGGGGGGGGGCAUGCAGAGGAGAAAUGAGGCAGAAAUCUCCAUCCAACACAGAGGCGAAGUUAAGAAAGUUGAGCCUGUUGACACAAGGGCUGCGGAAAAGGCAGGUGAUGCAGAUGGAGACGAGGGAUUCACAGUGGCAUCUGUCAAAAACACAGAGGGAAUCUCGUUUGCCAGAAGAGUACCGAUCAGGCAGGAUGGGAAAGCAAGAGCAGAAAGAGAGGCGAAGCGACUGACAGGUGAGAAAAGUGCAGAAAGGGAGCAGAGUGUAGAAAAAGAUUCAGAGACGGGGGGACCGAUUGAGGUGUUUUUUUGUGACAAAAAGGUAUCUGACUUUCGGAAAGAAGAGGGAUUCGAAAGCACAGUCCCAACUGAAGCUUUGCAGAAGAGUUAUGUUGUUGCUGCAUCAGCAGAGCUGGCCAGUCCAUGUCACGCUGCUGAGAGUCACUACAGACAUGAAUCAGCUUUCACAGAAUGCUCCAAUCUACUCUGUGCGGUCACAGAUAGAGCUAGAGACCCCUCUAGAGGGCCAGAGUGGAGUGGUACAGGGCCACAAGGACCUUACUUAACACACAAUGUUCUGUCCCAACACACAGAGGAUCUUAUAAGUAAAAUAGAAAAAAUAGGAGACACAACUGUUUAUAGUAACGAGAAAGGAGAAAGGGCUUACAAAGCAGCUUGUGAAGGGACAAAAGAGAGCAAACAGGAGGCGCAAACAUACAGUGAUAUUGGAUCAGAAAACAUCAUUCAUGAUGUAACCCCCAGAUGUCCGAAAAGGAUUGCACCCAUGGGAAUCAAUCCAGGUCCCCUCAAGAUUCAAAUCCCCAGAACUGUGUUUUACAUUGCGGAAGAAAUGGUGGAGAGAAAAAAGGCUGUAGGUCAAAACGACGAGGGGCAAGACUUGGAAGCAGGUAAAGGAGUUGAGAGGAGGGAUAGCUGGAGGAUCGGAAAACCCUUGAGCCGCAUCGAGUCCCUGCGAGAGAAGAUCAGACAGAGAGAGUUGGAGAGGCUGAGACAAAGAGAGGCACAAGAUGGAGGUGGAAGUGAAGGUUCAGAGAUAAGUGAUAUUCAGACAGCUGAGGACAGGUAUGACGAGAGGGGAACUGAAGUAGAGAAAGAAUGGGAAGCUGCAGCUCAUAUGCGGAAGAGGCUGGUCGAAGCAGAGAGGGGACAGGAAGAUGCAGCAGCGGCAUCCAUGACUGCAUUUGACGUCACGCAGGAAGUCAGUGUGUUAAAAACUUGCCCUCAACUUCCUGAUUCUGUCGAACACUCACAAGCCGUGAGAGGAGAGGAAGUAACAAGCGGGUUUGGCACUGCUGCCUCCGAAGUUAUCUCUGACAGCUUCCAGAUAUCUGAGGAUGAAGACGAUCCCCUGAAACAUGUGGAAGAACAGCUGAAGCACCACAGGAGCCAACACGAGAACAGAAAAGAAGAAAGGGAGGCGGAAGAAAAGGAGCUCUCAGAGGAGGAGGUAGAGGAAUAUACAUCGCCACUCGAUCCUGUACAAUCUCUCUCCCCUUUGCCACCUCAUCCCAACUCUCUCGUAGCCAUGAGUCGGAUCUACAACUUGGAAACAGUUGGCUCAAGGUCAGGCAUGUGUCUGAGGGAGAGGACUGUAGACAUCCCAUCAGUGCACCUUGUUAAAGUGAAGCCCCUGAUGUCAAACGCACAGCAGGGGGACAGCAAAGCAUUCUCAGGUGAAAACAUUUGUGGAGUUCAGACAAUACAACGACAGAUAGAGCAGCUUCAGCUGAAAGAGCAGGAAGCGUUGAAGUCUUCUACAUCACCAAACACUCCUCUCAAAGACAGAGAGACAAAGGGGCAGCAAAGCCCCAGAGGAGUGUUAAAACACCAGGUAAAGGACGAUGCCAAGACCCAGGAGAAAGAUCAAGAAACGUCAGAAUCAAACCCCAAAGUGUCUCCUCAGCGCGUUUGUUCUCCAACAUCUCAGCUCAAACCAUCUAACCAAACUAUCAUCGUCACCCCCUCACUUCUCAGGAGCCAAUCCCCGGACAAUACUCUGAAACCCUCGGAUUGCGCCCCGACCCCAGCCUCCUCCCCGAGCUCCCUAUCUCCUGCCCAGUCUCCUAGUGUCUCUCCAUCUCCCACCCCAUCGCCCACGCUCUUCUCCAUCAGGAGUGCCUCUGGAGGCCAAGUGAAGAGAGGUGCCACCAUCACAAUCUCUCCAAGAAAAACUGCCCGAGGAGGAGGAGGAGUGACAGGGUCCACAACCAGGUCCACGGUAGCAGGUCUGACAGCCACAAAGACCUCAUCGCAGCAGGCCCAGACAGCCUCCGCUGUGGUCGAGCCAGUGAAGAAGAAGUACCCCACAGUGGAGGAGAUUGAGGUGAUUGGUGGAUAUCAGAAUCUGGAGAAGUCCUGUCUGGUCAAGAACAGAGGGACCCCGAAAAGGGGAAAGGUGUGUUUCGACGAGGACCAGCUGGAGCAGGUGUGUGAGUACCCAUCAGAGUGCUCCGUGAUGGCUUAUACCCACUACCCUCACGACCUGUGGAGGCCGCAGGGGGAGGAAGUGCAGGAGGAGGAGGAGGAGGAAGCUGAAGCGGAGGGAGGAGCGAUCAUGUCCAAAAGCAUAAAGAACAUGGGGAUUACAACGGGACAGGGUCUUAGAGUGGGUCAGUGUCACCCCCUUCUCAAAAAACAUAACGUAUAGUGAGUGACAUUAUGGAUUCAGAUUGUUUUGCUAUUCAUGAUGGCUUCUGUGCUCUCCUGUGAAACUCUCCACAGGUUUGGACUUUACUCAGGCUAAGAUGGCAAAUUUCCAUUUCUUGUCUGUUUAUUUUCACUGUGUUGUCACCACAGAAGAGGGCUGGAGUGUCUGAACUUUUCUCAAAUGAUGAUGUCUGGCAAUAUUCUGUUGUAUAUUUUUCAUUUUGUCAGAAAAGACCAAAAUCAACAAUUAAUUAAUUUUACAAGUAUUACAAAUAACAAGUAUUUCCUGUGAAGCCAAAACCUGAUAUAGCUUAUUUCUCCAUAGAGCUCCUUUGUUGUGUUGUUUUAUCAUUAUGAAGAACCUGGUCACUGUAGUUUAUUUUGAGUCAAUCCCCACAUGUCAUAAAUAUGCACUACCAUAAAAAAUGUGUAUUAAUCCACAGCAAAAAAUAGGUCCCAGCAAAUGCAUAAUUUACUCCUGUUUGAGCAACGUUAGCUAAAAACUACAGUGCCCAGAUGUCUUAGGAAAUAACGGAGCUUAUUUUAAACAUUAAACAAUACAUUUGUGACCCAUUUUUAUAGAUUUAAGUGUUCAGAAGUAAUUAGUUCACCCAGUUUAUUCAGCAGACGUGUUUGUAGCAUUGACUCCUUUCUCAUAGCUCUUUUUAUAUACUAACAGAGGAGGUUAGAUAAAAAUGUAUGGUGCAACACAGCUAAUAAGCUGCAAUAGCUUCUUCCAUUUUAGACUCUCCCUCAAAGGCCAGUGUGACGUCCCUGUCAGGAGAGCUUGAUAAUGGCCAACGGCGCAAAAUUCACUGUCAAAGUUCAACAAAUUUGACGCAAAAGAUUAGCACAGAUUUACUUAGACCCUGCAAACAAAUCCACUGAUAAUGGCAAUUACAUUAGAUUGGAUUGGAUUAGAUUUUGCUGCAAAAUUUUGUCAUUUUAAACAAUUGUUGGUUUUGGUAUUUUCAUGGGAUUUGUUGACAACAAGAAAAAUCUGGAAUAAUGCCUUAUCCUUUCAAUAAACACACUGACCUUUUUCAGAGUUUUGCAAAUGGUAGCAGGUUAGCAGUGUGGGCAAGCUCAGCAUAGUGAAGAAAUAAAGACUACAAAUCCCAACACAACAUUGGUUUUAUAUGCAGCAAAUGGAUGUCAUUAGAGAGCAAAUGGGAUGAUAUGGUUGCAUUCAUGGUCCUUAUAAAACCAUCAAUGUCGCUGUUGGUGAAUGGGAAGAAGUCAGCUCCAAAAUAAAAAAUACAACAGGACAGAAAAUCCUACAUUCAACUUAUUUACCUUCCAUCUCCGUCUCUCUGUCUUCCAGAUGAGUCUUGCCCUCGGUAGAAGCCAGUCACCUCGCCAAUGAGAUCACCAACAUUUUGUUGAACAAUAUUACAUAAUCUUUAUUUUGUUUUGUUUAAUUUGAAUUGUUGAAUUGCGUGUUGAAGUGAGUGUUUGUAAUCCUUGUGGUGUUUUGUUUUCCCUAGCAUCAGAACGAAUGAAUGUUGUGGAAGAAAUGUACAGCACAGUUUGAUUCAUGCAGUUAACAAAAGCAACAUAAUUGUUUUUUUCAGGGAAAUUGAGGGACAAAAGUGAAUGUAUAAGUAUGAUACAUAUUAUAAAAGAUCCUCAGGUGUGCACUGCUGGGCGAUGAAGGAUCACUUGUCUAUGCAAUAUAAUAAAACGGAUAAUAGUUUAUUUUUUAGUUAAUAUAUUUGAUAGUUUCUUUUAUGUUAAUUACUUUCUAAAUUUCAGUCAGCACUGCUUCAGCACAGAAGAGUGAUGUUUAUAUCAUCUGGUUUCAUGUGCCUGCUGGAUUUGCCCAUACAGAUGAUAUGAAAAUCAGUUUAUAUAGAUAUUUGUAUAUUUAUAUAAGAUAUUUAUAUUUUUCUUGUAUGAAGCCUUUUGGAAAAACCUCUUCUCAGUGGGUGUUGUGUUGAAUGUUGCAGGGGUGGUGCAAUCUGUGCAGGACGACUUUCAGAAGUUUGUGUCUUUUGUUGGGUUUAAUUGAGCCUUACUGUUCGCAAUGACAACUCUGGUAACAGUUCAGUUAAUGUGUAUGGAUGUAAAUAAAGGUAUUCAGAUUAACUUCAUCAUACUACAGCUGCUAUCUGACUUUUGGCUGUAUUACCUCCAUAAUACAAUAUACACAGAGUAUUUCCUGUUUGUAAAUUAAUAUUUUAAUUGGUGAAAGAAGAUGCAAACUCUGUGCAAAUUAUUAUUUUCUAUGACGGUUGAAGAAGCUGACUUCAAGAGAAAAAAUCGAAUAAAUAUCUCUGAAAACA